UGUAAGUAUGGAUUUUAUAUUAGUACCAGUACAACAUUGUCGUAGAGAUCCCGUGAGAUACCACCUGUUGUUAUAACUCAUGGAAAAUGUUCGUGGCUAUUGUCCAUCAGUAGCAACCUACAUGUGCUACCAUACAGAUUAUUGAUAGGUGCAUGACGGCAAAAGCAAAAACUUGGUAGGCAUGCCUUUCCACUAUUCUUACAUAUUACCAAUUAUAUGUGCCGUUUGGUUUUAUGUAACUUUUAUACUAACAUAUAUAAUUUCGGUGUAUAGAAAAGAUGUAACUCCUUUGUUUCCUUAUAUUAGUGACACUGGAACUUGGUCACCUGAAAGUUGUAUUUUUGGAAUAAUGCUGAAUAUUGGGGCGUUAAUUCAGGCCUUAAUAAUGUAUAUUCGAUAUCGUCAAGUACAGUUCGUAAUGACUAAGGAAAACCAACUGCCAAUGACGAUAAAGAAAAAUAAUAAAAUAUCACUAUAUUUAGGAUUAAUUGCUGCAUUCGGAGUAUGUAUUGUUGGUAAUUUUCAAGAAACAAAUGCUUUGGUGGUACACUUAAUUGGGGCUGUUGCUGCGUUUGGUCUGGGUUCUGUUUAUCAGUGUAUGCAGACUCGAAUAUCGUUCCAGUUGUUUCCGAAUGUUGGUGAUAAAAUAAUAAACUUUGGCAGACUCUUCUGCAGUGUAAUUGGUGGCGUCAUGUUUUUAAUUAGCUGUGUUUUUGCAGGGAUUUCUAUAAUGCAAUUUACAGGAGAUGAUACGACUAAAUGGAAGAAAAAAGAUGGAGGCUAUAUCAAUCAUUUUACCAGUGCCAUCGCCGAAUGGAUACUGGCUAUCACUUCUGUUUUAUUUUUGUUGCUUUAUACAAAAGAAUUCAAGAAUAUUUCACUGACGGAACCACUUGUUAGUGAAAAGGUAUAAGACUUAUUAUACCUACAACUCAAUUUAACAGUCGUGCAGAUAUUGUGUUUAUGAAGUUGUAAAAUAUGAAACUUUUGUGUGUAUGAAUUUAAAAUAAUGUUUGUUUUUGUUAA